AUGCAUGCAAGGAUGGUCUGCGGCACUGUAGAUGCAACCAAAUUCUACCUACAUGACUUCCAAGAACAUGUCAGCGCAUUUCAACGACACCUCUUAGGUGUAGGAGAGAAGGAGCUUUCAUCGUCAACCAUACCUCCCUGUGGAUACUGGACUCCACCUGAAAAAGAAAGAUUUUUUCAUUCGCUCUCCAUUCAUACGCGAUUCAGGCCGGAUCUGAUUGCACUUGAUAUCAAGUCAAAGACCGUUGCAGACGUUUGUUUCUAUCUUGCGGCUCUUGAACAAGCAUCAGCUAAAAUUCAACCUAUUCGAAAUGACCUCGACAUCGCUAUUACAGUAUCUGAUUCAUGGAUAUCGGUAGAAGAGGGAGAGUCUUACAAGCUGAAGGACACCUCGGAAACGUUCGGUCUGAGCGGCGAGGAAUGGGAUGUUCCCCUCGACUCUGACAAAUUACGCAUUAUGGAUCAGAUACUGCGGGAAGGAGGGGAUUUCGAGGACUCUACCGAUCGAAAUGCGCACUUUCCGACAUCAAACCCUUCGAUGGUCGAUGGAGAAUCACCGUCCACUUCAAAUGGUCGUCCCACUGACUCCGAGAUUCCGCUUAGCCCGGCCUCACGCAGGCGCCUUUACAAGCGGUUGUAUAUGCGUCGCAAGAGAGCAGGACUAUCCGGAACCACAGCUGACCUUCACGCGGAUAAGCUCCAACCUGGCAAGAAGACAAAAAUCUUACAAGAUGGGGAGAACGAUCGAGACGAGCUAGACAACGUUGACGACGACGCUUUGAACGACGCUGAUCUGUCAGCGGAUGAGCAGGAAACAGAGGACGAAGAAAAAGAAACAUCAGUGCAGCUUGAACGAGAGGCAUGGAAACAGUCCGGAGUCGAUGCCGAUGUACUAGUCUCGCGCGAUUUAGGUUUAUUCUAUCUCGGUGCUUUAAGAGACUUGAUGAGCCUUUACAAGCUUACAUCGGACGAGCGACUGCCUGCUGCGGUUACUUCAAGUAUAUCGGCAGCCACUAUUCAGACAUUAGGCUCCAUCGUUAAGAAUUUUGUCACCGAUAUCAUCCAUCACUGUAUUGUUUUACGAGAGGAGGAACGACGAGUCAAAGGUCAAACAAAAGUGUGGCGCUUCGGGAGCGUCCAUGAAGAGAUUUCCUCCAAUACUGUCAACCACGCCCUAACGAUUAUGGGACAUUCAAGAACCCGCAAGAAUAUAGGCUUGACGGAGGCGGUAGUUGCAAAGGAGAGAGAGUUCGAUGCAUUGGAGACUUCCGCUACUGAGCUACAACAUGGUCAACUUGCACCUGCACUCAUGUUUUGUCGCCUACCGAAGAAUUUGGACGAAUCAGAUGAAUUGAUGCCCACUGGAACGGAUGAAGAGGCGCUUCUGCUAGAACUGGAGAGUGACAUGGAGCUUGAUGAGUAUGAUAGAGCGAUGGAAAUCGCGCAUGAACAUGCCUCUACAACCGACUCCUACACUAGAGCUACAAGUUCCUUGUGUGCAUCCAUUCCACUGUAUCGAUAA